CCAACUCCUCUAAAAAAAAAAAUGGCUGAAUGCAUCCCUCGCCAAGCAGGAGAGAUAGUAGCAGGAGAUCAUAAAGGGUACAUGAAAUUUGCCUUAUCCCUUGCUACCAAAUCCUCGCCAAAGCCCACCAACUACAGAGUAGGAGCCGUUGUCGUGGACGUAGCUACGAACGAGAUCUUGGCGACGGGGUAUACACUCGAACUUCCUGGUAACACCCACGCUGAACAAUGUUGCUUUGAGAAGCUUGCAGCAAAGUACAAUGUUGCGGCAGGUCGCAUAGGCGAUGUUCUCCCGAAUCAAGUUGCUCUUUACACCACAGUCGAGCCAUGCUCUCAAAGGCUCAGCGGAAACCUUCCAUGCGUGGAUAGGAUAUUAGCCAUUGGGAAUAAGAUAAAGACAGUUUAUGUUGGGGUCCAUGAACCAGAAAAGUUCGUCAGCGACAACUCUAGCAAGCGAAAGCUAGAAGAGGCCAACAUCGAAUUUGUGCAUGUUCCUGGUUUCGAAAAGGAAAUAUUAGAAGUCGCAACAGCAGGCCACGAGAAGGCCAGCUAAAAGGAGCAAUAGAUGGAACAAGCAAAAUCGCUUCAAUAAUGUAUUAGGUAGUAGCAUAUCUAACGUCUAACGUCUACAAGUUCAUCUUGGUCAAAAGUAGGUGUUGGUCCUUUUUAAAUAUGAGGGUAUCAUAGUGUCUCAUCAUAUAUAUACUUGUAUGAAGAGACAUAAAAAAGAUCGAAUAAUGAUAAAACAUGGAAGGGGAUAUCAUGACAAGAACAAAUAGGAUAUUUUGACGUAGUAAAGUGAAAUUCAAAAAAGGCUCAUGUGGAAUUGAGCGCAACGCGGGGUCCUCGAAAAGAGAUGAUAAAAAAAAGAUUAAGAAAUCAAAUCGAGCUUGACGCAAAAAAUGUCGAACAUGCAGACAUUGCAAAAUUGAACCUUAAAAGGAGAAGGAAGUUGCAACAAGAAAAAAAGAAAAAAAAUUGGUGGUUGCUUAUCCCAGUGUAAUGGGAAGCAUCAGGAAUUGAGCCCGAUGCGGGGGUCGAACCCGCAACCUUGAGAUUACUAUGCGAUAGUAAGAGUCUCACGCUCUACCGAUUGAGCUAACCGGGC